AUGCAUUUCUUCAAAUCUGCUGCCACCGUUGCCCUUCUCACAGGUGCCUACGUCGUCUCUGCCGAAACUGGUGAAAGGGGAGAUGCUCCAAUCACCGAAAACAACUCCGAUAGAGUCGUCUACGAAGCUGUCUUCUCGAGCUCCAACAUCAAGUCUGCUCGUUUCAAUUUCACCGGAACCGAAGAUGGUGUCGGUGUCUUGAUCCAUGCUUGCUUCACCGGUGUGAACGCCUCUCAACCUGGACCAUAUCCUUAUCACGUUCACGACUUCCUUGUCGGUCCAAACGGAAACUGCACUGCCACCGGUGCCCAUCUCGACCCCUACCUUCGUGGCGAGGUCACCGCCUGUGACGCCGAUGCCCCGGAAACCUGUCAAGUUGGUGAUCUCUCAGGAAAGCACGGUAAAGCUUCUACGGAAGCCGCCAAAGGCACUUGGUGCACUUCCUAUGUUGACAAAUACUUGUCUUUGAACUCCGACGACGAGGCCUUCAUCGGUAACGAGCGUAGCAUCGUUUUCCACAAUGCCAACAAGACGCGUAUCGGCUGUGGUAACAUUGUCCUCGCUAAGGAGCAGAUGUCUGGUGGUGGAUCCUACCCAUCUGCCAACGCUACUGCUACUUCCACCGGAGAGCCUCCAAUAGCGACUGGUGGUGCUACCAGAGUUGGUGCUAGCGGUCUCGCCUUGGGCCUCAUCCUUGCUAUUGGUGCUAUGCUCCUAUAA